ACGUGCUAGUCAACACUGGCAAACGUGUGCUGCGGCAGCAACAGUUUUCCCGAUUUCUAUUCGAAAUGCCACAAAUUACAAAAAAAAGCGACGAAUUUGAUGUGUCCAGGUACUUUCUGCAUCUGUUAGAUGAAGAUAAGGAUUUAUCGUCAGGAAUAGCAGCCAUCAAAACACUGCUAUGGAUACUAGAGAAGAAACAGUUUGGCACCAUACACAUUCUAGAUACUACAAUGCGGGAGGCGGUAGCGGCAAUGCGUCAAACUGAUCUAUCCAUUGCAGCCAUUGUGUCAGCCGGUGAGCUCUUUUGUCGCUUUAUAACUCUUAGUUUGGAUGACAAGCACAUGGAAGAAUGUCGGCAAAUAAUGCUUAAUCGUGGGAAAAUCUUUCUUACAAAACUGCUCAACUCUCGCCAAGUGAUUGCUCAGCAAGCGCAGAGAUUUAUAAGUGAUGGCUGCCGUAUAUUAACUCAUUCACGGUCUCGUGUGGUCCUCAAGGCUCUGAUAGCAGCUUCAAAGAACAAGAAAUCCUUCCAUGUCUAUGUAACGCAAGGCGGAACAGGAAACUCUGGAGAGGAAAUGGUUGAAGAUUUGCAAUCAGCUGGCAUUGAUUGCACAUUAAUUUUGGAUUCGGCCACAGGCUAUGUCAUGGAAUCGGUGGACUUUGUCAUGGUGGGUGCUGAGGCGGUGGUAGAGAGCGGAGGCAUUAUAAAUCGCAUUGGUAGUUAUACCAUGGGCUUGUGUGCACGGGAAAUGAAGAAACCAUUCUAUGUGCUAGCGGAGAGUUUUAAAUUUUCUAGAUUAUAUCCAUUAAAUCAACGGGAUUUGCCUAAUGAGUACAAGUACUCGCGAAAACACUUAAAUGAUGUGGCUAAAGUGCAUCCACUAGUCGAUUAUACACCGCCUGCCUACAUAACACUUCUUUUUACUGAUCUUGGCAUAUUGACUCCGUCGGCAGUCAGCGAUGAAUUGAUCAAAUUGUACAUGUAACGCAAUAAAAUUCAAUAAAAAGGUGAACAAUCGCUUUUAAA